AGAAGCAAAGCAAACAUGAAGACCUGCUUCAGGCUGUGUGUUUUCAUCACUCUGCUGUUUUCAGGCCACAGCAGCCCGAUCGCGCCGCCUGCUGGAGAAGACCAGGACACACUCGCAGAGAAUUACCUGACUCGACUGUAUGGGCUGCCGAAACAGCCUGAACAGAGCCCGGGCUCGUCUGUUGGUGAGAGACGCUCCAGCGCUGUGAGUCUGAGGCUCAAGGAGAUGCAGCAAUUUUUUAAACUCAAGGUGUCUGGAAAACUGGACCAGGAGACGCUGGAGGUGAUGAAGAAGCCCCGCUGCGGAGUCCCAGACAUCAAGGCCUACUCGACCUUUGCUGGAGACUACAAGUGGAAAAAACAUCAGCUGACCUACAGGAUUGAGAACUACACCCCUGACAUGUCAGUGGCCGAGGUGGACGACUCCAUCAGUAGAGCUCUGAAAGUGUGGGCUGACGUCACUCCACUGAGAUUCACCCGCAUCUACAGCGGCACAGCAGACAUCAUGAUCUCCUUCGCCACUGGAGAUCAUAGGGACGGCUACCCAUUUGAUGGUCCCAAUGGUUUUCUGGCUCAUGCCUUUCCUCCAUUUGAGGGUAUUGGUGGUGACGCCCAUUUCGACGAUGACGAGACAUUCAGUUACAGAUCUCCUCAAUAUUACAACCUGUUCCUGGUGGCGGCCCAUGAGUUCGGACACUCUCUAGGUCUGGAACACUCGCAGGAUCCCGGUGCGCUCAUGUAUCCCACCUACGUUUACAGAGACGUCGAUAGAUUCGUCCUCCCUCGAGAUGAUGUCAAUGGAAUCCAGUCACUUUAUGGCCCAAACAACGACGUCAAUACCGAUGAUUCAAAACCAACCCCACCAGUUACCCCAAACACAUGUGAUCCCAAUUUGGUCCUGGAUGCCGUCACCAUGCUCCGCGGAGAGAUUAUGUUCUUCAAGAACAGCUUCUUCUGGCGCAGUUAUCCUCUGAGCGCAAACGUUGAACAGCAACUCAUUAAAAGCUUCUGGCCUGAGGCUCCAGAUAACAUCGAUGCCGCUUUCGAGAGUGUCAUGCAGGACAAAGUCUUCCUGAUCAAAGGUGAGAAAGUCUGGGCUCUCUAUGGCUAUGAUAUGGUGCAAGGCUAUCCCAAGAGUCUCAGCAUGUUCCGCCUGCCGAAAAAUGUGAGGAAAAUCGACGCAGUCCUCUACAAGGAAGACAGCUACACAAUCCUCUUUUUCGUCAACAACAAGGUUUACAGUUAUAAUGAAGGAAUCAGGCGAAUGGAUAAAGGUUUUCCUAAACCAGUGGAGGAGGUUUUCCCUGGAAUGACCGGGAAGGUCACCGCAGCCUUCCAGUAUAGAGGUUUAAACUACCUCUUCAGUGGAUCAAAGAUGUUUGAGUAUGGCUCCUACAACAACAAGCUGUUCCGCGUCCUGAACAACAAUUAUUUCCUGCCAUGCAAAUAAUCUUGAGCUUUUUUCUGAAAAACUCAGCCAAUUACUUACCGCCUGAAGAAGAAUCCGAGCCAUCAGUAUUUUAUAUUAUUGAGUAACUUAUUACCAAUUAACUUAUUUUACUAAAAGUAUUCAUGUGAUUGUACUAUCCUUUAAAAUCAUUUGUGUGUGUGUGUAACAAUGAUCUGAUUAAUGCAAUUUUGAAUAAAGGUUA